UUGGUGGCACGAAGGAUGCUUCGCGAAUCUACGCAGGCGCGUACGACUUACAGCCACUGGUCCUUGCGCAGGCGCCCAUCCUAGCCGGUCUUCAGUCCUGUAAACAGAAGGGACCCGCUGGCGAUAACUUCUGCUUCCGGGUCACGCCUUGACAGCGGCUUUCACGACCCAUCUCAGCCCCCGCGGUUCGUUUGGAGCAUGUGAACACACUCUGAGUCUUGAUGAGUUCCAGCAUGUGGUAUAUUAUGCAGAGCAUUCAGAGCAAAUACUCUCUCUCAGAGCGCUUAAUCCGAACAAUCGCUGCCAUUCGUUCCUUCCCACAUGAUAAUGUAGAGGACCUCAUCAGAGGGGGAGCAGAUGUGAACUGUACCCAUGGCACACUGAAGCCCCUGCACUGUGCCUGUAUGGUGUCAGAUGCUGACUGUGUGGAGUUACUCCUGGAAAAAGGAGCUGAGGUGAAUGCCCUGGAUGGUUAUAACCGAACAGCUCUCCACUAUGCAGCUGAGAAAGAUGAGGCUUGUGUGGAAGUCCUGCUGGAGUAUGGUGCAAAUCCCAAUGCACUGGAUGGCAACAGAGAUACCCCACUUCAUUGGGCAGCCUUUAAGAACAAUGCUGAGUGUGUGCGGGCUCUCCUAGAGAGUGGGGCCUCUGUCAAUGCCCUGGAUUACAACAAUGAUACUCCACUCAGCUGGGCUGCCAUGAAGGGAAAUCUCGAAAGCGUCAGCAUCCUUCUUGAUUAUGGUGCAGAGGUCAGGGUCAUCAACCUAAAAGGCCAGACACCCAUCUCCCGCCUGGUGGCUCUACUAGUCAGGGGACUUGGAACAGAGAAAGAGGACUCUUGCUUUGAGCUCCUCCACAGAGCUGUUGGACACUUUGAAUUAAGGAAAAAUGGCACCAUGCCACGAGAGGUGGCCAGAGACCAGCAGCUGUGUGAAAAACUGACUGUUCUGUGCUCAGCCCCAGGAACUCUAAAAACACUGUCUCGCUAUGCUGUUCGCCGUAGCCUGGGACUCCAGUAUCUUCCAGAUGCAGUGAAGGGCCUUCCACUGCCAGCUUCUUUGAAGGAAUACCUGUUACUUGUAGAAUAACAUGGAGGAAAUGUUUGCACCAUCAUACUGGCAACUCUGGGUGAGGUUUUUCCCUGCGGUACUGUCUCUUUGCCAUGGAAAACAGGAAAAGCAGUUGUUUCUGUUGUGUGGUUUAUAAAUUUUGAGGCAACAUGUCACAACUGUAACCUCCGUGGCACCUCCCCUCUCCAAACCAAAAAAAACAAACAAAAAGAAUCCCUCACUUUUGUUUUCUGUGUAGUGCUUACUUAGCUUUAUAUACUGCACCCUACAAAUGAGAUUUCCCUCACCCUCCCCUUUAGGAAAGAGUCAACAGUGCAAUUGAAUUUCUAUAGGAAGAUGAAAUGUAUCUGAAGAAUGUGUGUUUGGUUUUCCUUUUGGGACAUGAUGUAUAACCCUCCAAAAGAAACCCCGUAGAGCACUUUAAUUAGUCUGAAGAAAUUUAAGAAAAUCACAAAUCCAGCUAACAAUUGAGGCAGACGAAGAUACUACAAUCUUAAAUGGUGUGCAGAUUCAGAACUAGGCUGAGUGUCAUGUCACAGGGCAUUCAAAAGGGACUGACCCCCGUUCCCCAUCAAAAGAGAAAGGCGUCUGCCUCUUCCAUGGCUGUGCCUAACGGUUACAAUAGUUCAGCAGUGUUGUUUCAGAAAGAUUGUCUUGGCUGCUUUCCACAACGGUAGACGAGAGAGCAGGUUUUAAGCAGUCCUAAGAAUUCCAGUUUUCUUCUAAUGCAGUUCUCUUUUGCUUCCCAAAAGCUAGUUUGCUCUAAUGGGUUUAGCAGGCAUCUCCUACACCUUAGACUAAAGUAUUUGCUCUAACAGAGGAGAAGUAUGUAUAAACUGGGCUGCCCUUUAUCUCCUUCUCUAUGGAAUGCCCACUUUGUUAAGAGUUUAUUUUUCUUUCAGUUGUUUUAAAAAAUUUUGUUUUUUAUUGAUCUAUACAGGACAUUGUGUGUGUGGGGGGGGGGGACAAAGUUGGGGAGUAAGUAGGGGAAGAGGUAGAUUAAAAGAGCUGCAUUUGAGACAACCUACCUACCCAGAAAAGAUGUUUUCAUCACCAAUGCUUAAGUCAACAAUACUCUUCCUUUUCAUGUUCCCAAACUAGAUCAAGUUGUUAUUGAUCUUAGUGACCUAUGUGCACAUUUGAAGGACCUUUUUUUUUUAAAGCUGAUGGGUAACUCCAAACAAUAUGGAAUCUGCUGACACAGCUCAUUUGAAAAAGGAUGUCUGGUUUUGCCCUUUUGCUGUUGGUGUUUUUUGCCCACUUAAAAAGAAGAAAUAAAUAGUUCUAAAAACAAGGUUGGCAGUUUCUACUGUUCAUCUUUUCCCCACUUUUUUCUAGGGUUUUUCCCCUGCUUCCUAGAAAAAAAUUCUUCCUUUCCUACCUGGGUCUUCAAUGUAACUUUCCAUCCCAACCUCU